AUGGAUGUCUCUGCUGUCACGGGGUCAAACGUUUCCGAAAUCGAAGCCCCUUUUCUGGUCGAAGACACGGUUGAAGGUCACGUUGACUACAGAGGCCGAUCCGUCAAACGGUCCAAAUCCGGUGGUUGGAAAUCCGCAUCUUUCAUCAUAGGGGUGGAGAUAUCGGAGAGGUUUGCUUAUUAUGGAAUAAGUUCGAAUUUGAUAAAUUACUUGACGGGCCCGGUUGGCCAAUCCACCGCCGCAGCGGCGGCCAACGUCAGUGCUUGGUUCGGUGCGACGUCGCUUUUUCCUCUGUUGGGUGCUUUUCUGCCCGACUCUUUCCUCGGCCGUUACCGCACCAUCAUCGUAGGUUCCUCGGUUUAUAUCCUGGUAGAGAAUGAUGUCAAAAAUUGUGGUGGAAAUGGUUAUUGCCACUUACAUUCGUUUCAAUUGUCUGUAGUUGUGGUUACAAGGAUUAGAAUUGUAACUUUGCUUUGGAAGCUAAGUUGGGCUGUAAACUAA